UCCGUACGUUGAGAGGGAAAACUAAUAUAGAUUUUUUUUUUAAAAUAGUGUAUUCUGUUAUUACUAAAUGUUGCAGAAAUGGAGGUUAAACCAGCGUCGCAUAAACGUUACAUUUGCGUGUUUACGGGCUGCUCGGCUGCGUACAACAAGCAGUGGAAACUGGAUGCUCACAUGUGUAAACACACCGGAGUGAAGCCACACACCUGUGAGUACGACGGCUGCGACAAGUCCUUCUGCAGCCUCUAUCACCUGACCCGACACCAGCUCACACACACCGGGCUGCAGCCUUUUCGGUGCACCGUGGACGACUGCACACAGGCCUUCACCACCAACUCCAACCGGGCCAGACACAUCAGCCGAGUCCACACCCAUGAGCAAGAGCACAGGAAGUAUAUGUGUAAAGUUGAUGGCUGUGGGCUUGAGUUUAAGAAGAACAAACAGCUGAAGUCUCAUAUGUGUGAGCAGCACACCCAGCUGCCCCCAUACCAAUGCACGUAUGAGGGUUGCCAGAUGCGGUUCACCUUCCCCAGCAAGCUGAAGCGACAUGAGAAGGUGCAUAGAGGUUAUCCGUGCAAGGAGGAGGGUUGCAUCUUCACCGCCAAGACAUGGACGGAGUAUGUGAAGCACAGGAAGGAGCAGCACAGAUCCAUCCUGAGGUGCGAGCAGUGCAGCAAGGUGUGCAAAGACUCCUGUGUCCUGCAGCAGCAUCAGCAGGUCCACUGUGAGGAGCGGGUGGUCUUCAUUUGCCCCAGGGAAGACUGCAAGAGGUCGUUCACCACCUUAUUCAACAUGCAGAGCCACAUCAACUCCUUCCACGAGGAGCUGCGGCCCUUCGCCUGCACCCACCAAGGCUGUGGGAAGACCUUCUCUAUGAAGCAGAGCCUCCAGCGCCACGCAGUCGUCCACGACCCAGAGCGGAAGAAGCUGAAGAGGCCACGACCCAAAAAAUCUCUCGCUUCCAGGUUAAGCGGCUACAGCCAAUCGAAGAGGGCGAUCUGCAAAAAGAGCCAGGAAUCCCUCGGAGUGUCUGGACAGAAGAAGACGGAUCCACCUGGUUCUGUUGAGCUGGUCUCUCUCCUGCAGGACACGUCCUUACUGUGCAGUCCUGCUGUGGACACACAUGGACUCACUAAUGCACUGACUACGCCACUAUCAGUAUAGAAUCUAAUGAAGGAAUGUACACCAGCAUGAAAGUUUUGAUCACAUUAUUGUACCAGAUUUUAGUUGUUUGGUCCUGUUGUAUGAAAUUCGUCCAACAUUAUGAGUCACCAGCCAAAAAAAACAUUAUGACUCACGAUGAUUUUUAAUUUAAGUGUUUUUUGUUAACAUGGAUUCAGUUACUAUUGUGUGAUGUCAGUGGCAGUGUUAGUCUUUGUGUUUAAAUAAUCUUCUUUUCUGGACUUUUCUUUCAGUUUUGUGUCAAGUGCGUACAUUUUUGGAGCAUUUAAUCUGCUGUAUCUGUUGCUAUUUAUAUAAGAAAAUAUAUAUUUUUCCUUAUUGUAAAUUAAAAAAGAAGUUAAAAGGU